GUUCCAGGCGAGAAGAGUACGCUGAAAGUGGUUUCAUCAAAGCACAAGCUUUACUACUCUGAUCUUGACCUUGAAGAACUUCGAUUAGCCGAUGGGAAUGGAGACGUGGAGCACUUCCAGCGUGGUCCCAAUGGCGUAGAUGUUCUUCUUUGUCCUCUCUGA